UCAGGUAUUGUCAUAUAUAGGGCCCUGAGGACCGGGGGAACAGUAUUCUAGACGGACCACCACACAGAGAGGAGAGAGAUGAAGCUACUACAUAUCCUCUGCUUCUGCCUGGCUGUCCUCGCCUCCACUUGGGCUGAGGACGUAGCGACCGUAUUGAGCCCUCGUGGAACCCGGCCAGUAGAACAUGGCUACAAGGCUGAUAAAUGUGCCACAGAGAGGAGCUGGCCUUUCUGCUCAGAUGACGACUGGGGUCCUAAGUGCCCGUCAGGUUGUCGUAUCCAGGGUCUGUUAGACAAGGCAGACCAUUCCCUGCUGAAGAAGAUAGAGAAGAUUAGGCAGCUCCUUGACCAGAACAGAGCCAAACACCGCUCUGCCGACCAGGCAUCCAAACAGACCUAUGACUACCUCAAGGAGAAACUCACCUCCAACGCAGGUAAUGACAACAGCUUCUAUGACCUGGCUGAACGUCUCCGUCAGAGGAUCGUCGACAUCAAGAUCAAGAUAGACCGCCAGCUGAGGAUCCUCAACACUCUGAAGACCAGCAUCAAAGACCAGGUUAUAGAGAUGCAGAGGAUGGAGGUGGACAUCGACAUCAAGCUGCGCUCCUGUAAGGGGUCUUGUAAGGGCUACGCUGAGUUCUCCGUUGAUCAAACAUCCUACGUGGCUCUGGACAAACAGAUGGACCAGCUAGAAGCCCAGAGGGUUCAGUCUGUCGAGACCGUCGGCUCGCUGCACAUCAUGAAGAGCCGCCCGCUUAAAGACGUCUUGGUCGACAGCAAGUUUAAGUCCAGCCUGUCAGGGGAGCAGAAGCAGGAUUUCUUCCCGGAGGUGAAGUCCGUGAAACUGACUUUGGAGGCCGAGGGGUCCAGCGCAUCGUCUGCCGCCACUGUCAGCAAGGUCCCGGGUACGCACUUCCAGCCUUCCACCUCAGGGUCUUCAUCUUCAUCUUCAUCAUCAUCGAGUUGGUCGACGGGAUCAGGGUCGAAGGACGGGCCCAAGAAAACGAUCACGGAGCUGGGUGGGGGGGGUGGUGGUGGGGGUACGAGGGGGGAUGGAGAUGGGGAUUUCUUUAAGGGUUUGGGCGGACUCGGCGGAGGGCUGGGGAGUCUUGGAGGCGGAGAUUUCACCUCUACCGGUCACCAGACCACGCAGAUUUCGAGCUGCACCAAGACAAUAAAGAAGACGACAGUGCAUACGAAGGACGGGCCGGUGGAACGCAUCGAGGAAGUUUCGAGCGGACCAGGCUGUGAGGCAAUGAAGCUCGGCGGCGGCGGAGGAGGGAUUGGGGACUUCUUCCCCUCCUCUUCCUCCUCAUUCACCAAAACCACAAGCCACGGCAGUUCCAAGGGAGGCAGUAGCCUCCUCAGCAGUACCAAGACCGGCGGCGCUGCCGAUGGCUUCGGAGCUGAUUCAUUCGGAAUGGAUCUCGGAGCGUUUAUGCGCGGGAAUGAGGACGAUGAUGUCCCGGAUUUCCACAGCCAAACCCACGGCGUGAAAACUAGCGUCCGGAGCAAACGGCAGGCAGGUUAUGUAGGAAAAAGUACAUCUGACCAGGAGUAACUGCCCAAUAUCUGACCUAGCUAGCCGCCGUUUAGCCACUGUUAGUAUCUUAGCCUAGUGGCCGUUAGCAAUUAACAUGUUAGCCUCCAUUAGCACCUUAGCCAAACUGACAUUAGCGAUUAGCAGCUUAGCCUAGCGGCCGUUAGCGGUGAGAAGUGAAACGUUUCUAUUUUUUGUCGUAGCUCAAAUCAAAUCCUAGAAUAUGAUCAACAGUAGCCUAAUUAAUAAACAGUAGCUUAAUUAAUAAACUUUUGUAAAGUAGUUCAGCCAAUUGCUCAUUUGAUGUGUUUGUGUUAAAAAAAAAAAAAAAUCUAACAAAUUGUCUAAAAUAAGUUUCCAGAGAUACUGUCUAAAAUAUGCUGUACUAUACAUAAUAGUGUAUUCUCAACCGCCCCUGAGCUGACUACCAGAAGGGGUUCGGAGGGGUAAAGGGGAGGUAUGGCUGAGGGUAAAACACAUCUUCUGACCCGGGCACCUGAGGGUAGAGCUAGAAGACCGUGAGGGAAGAGGUUAGCAUGAGGGAGGGAAAGAAGGAGAGGGGAAGAGGUGGUGGGGGUAGGAAAAGUGAGAGAGAAAAAGAGAGAGAGAAGGAUAGGGAGUGAGGGACAGAGGUAGAGAGAGAGAGAUAUUGCAGACUGUUGAUUCUGUGAGUAGAUGAUUAAAAUGUGUUUUUUUUUUCUGACCCUGUGAAUGAUGUCAAUGUACUGAAUGUUCAUGGAAAAAACAAACAACCGGGUUAACCUCUGAACCAAUCAGGUACUGCUAAUGUUCAAAUAACUGUUCUGAGAACAGAACGGGGUUCUAAGAACUACGUUAGAACUUCCGUUAGAACGUCCCAAACCAAGCUACUGAUGCAACAAUAAAAAUGUGUUCACUUCAA